CAACUUUUGAAAAGUUAGUAAUCCGGAUUACCAACAUUUGAAAAGUUAUCAACACCAAUUGACCAACUUUUGAAAAGUUAUCAAGAGGUUUCUCAUUCCUUUUUUGAACCUUUUGCUGGUCUCGUGUCCGAUCCAUCCGGAAGUCGUGGACUCGAUCGAAAAAUCUCAAAGUCCCUUGUCCCCUCAUCGCUGCCUCUCGAAACCCCCUCCGAGAUGUCCAACUUCACAACCACCACGCCGAAGAUGCCUGCCGAGAAGAUUACCGCCGAUUCACCGAGCAAGUUGCCCGAUAAGAAUAGCUCGGCACCGGUGAUACCAACUACGCCUGCGGCAAGGAUCCAGUCGGAAACCCCCGGCGAGAUGGUUCCUGCCCGACCCAUCAAACAUUCAACUGAGGCAACCGAGCAACCGACUGCAGCCCCCAAACCUUCCACAUUGCGGCUCCUCAUCCGCUACGACCCGUGGAUCGUGGAUACGAUCCUGCAGCUCGCUAACCCGGACGUUGGAAGCAGGCACUCGGAUCUUUUUCCAAACCCAAUGCUUUACUUGGAUGUCACUACCCGGUCGAUCUCGUAUAAGACCUUCCAGGAUAAAGUUUUCAAGCUGCUUAAGACGGUUCCUGCAGAUCACGACGUGGCGGGCAUAAUCAAGUACGAGAUGAAACUAGGACAUCUCGUGUGGGUCGGGCGCAUCACCACUCGUAGUCCCUAUGGUCCCGUCUACUUCUACCCUUUCCCAGCCAAGUACGCCGCCUUCCGACGCAAGCUCUUGAAUGCUAAAAAGGGAUUUGUUGGCGAUGUUCGAAUCAAGCACACUGAAGAAUACUAUGAGUCUUACGCGAGGUCACGUCCCCAUCAUACCGACAAUGAGUUGACAGAUGAUGAUCAAGCAAUAGCAGAGCGGAUUCAAGCCACCGAUACCGAGACAGAGGGCGAGGCCGAGGCCAAUUUCAUCCACACCACUCACACCGAUAUUUGUGCGACCAAUGAGGAAGCUAUCAAUGAUGAAUCUGCAGCCUCUGAUCACCAACCACCCGCUAAACGUCAACGUCUCUACUCAGCCAGUGUCGAUAUCAGCAUGUUUGAGUUUUUCUUUAUUUGUCACCUGCGCCCGGAUGACGAACACACUGUGUCGGUCAUCGACAACAACGACUUCUAUCACUGGUCGGCCUUCAAAGGAAUGACUGAAGCCGACCUCGUCAAAGCUGGAUUUCGCCGGGGUGCAGCUCGUUUGAUAGUGGCUGGUGUCGUUGCGACUGUUAGGCAGGUUGAAGAACGAUUUGGACCGGCAGUCUAAUUGAUUGGCUUUUUUCGGUUAUUUCUGAUUAAUUAUAAAUUGGUCAUUGCAUUGCUCACAUGAUAUACCCUAUUCAAUUGGCAAAUCUAUCAUCUACUAAGAAUUUUAUUGAUUUAUUGUUUCCUCAUCGAAAUUUCUUCUAUCUACGUCAUGGGAAAUCUAGGAAUCAAAGAUUAAUUAUAUGGAAUUACUAUACUACUUUCUUUUUCCUUAUUUUUUCUUUGAGAUUAUGUUUCCAAUCUGAUGAUCUUGUUUGUCCUACAAUGAGGAAAACUGGGAAUGAAACAAUGGGAAUAAGUGGAAAUACUCCUAUCACUUACCAUAUCAAGCUGG